AUGUCACCGACUAUCGUCAUCCACCACCGCAUAUCACCGACUAUCGUCAUCCACCACCGCAUAUCACCGACUAUCGUCAUCCACCACCGCAUGUCACCGACUAUCGUCAUCCACCACCGCAUAUCAUCGACUAUCGUCAUCCACCACCGCAUAUCAUCGACUAUCGUCAUCCACCACCGCAUAUCACCGACUAUCGUCAUCCACCACCGCAUAUCACCGACUAUCGUCAUCUACCACCGCAUAUCACCGACUAUCGUCAUCCACCACCGCAUGUCACCGACUAUCGUCAUCCACCACCGCAUAUCACCGACUAUCGUCAUCCACUACCGCAUAUCACAGACUAUCGUCGUCCACCACCGCAUGUCACCGACUAUCGUCGUCCACCACCGCAUAUCAUCACCGACUAUCGUCAUCCACCACCGCAUGUCACCGACUAUCGUCAUCCACCACCGCAUAUCAUCACCGCAUAUCAUCACCCACUAUCGUCAUCCACCACCGCAUAUCAUCACCGACUAUCGUCAUCCACCACCGCAUAUCAUCACCGACUAUCGUCAUCCACCACCGCAUAUCAUCACCGACUAUCGUCAUCCACCACCGCAUAUCAUCACCGACUAUCGUCAUCCACCACCGCAUAUCAUCACCGACUAUCGUCAUCCACCACCGCAUAUCAUCGCCGACUGUCGUCAUCUACCACCGCAUAUCCUCACCGACUAUCGUCAUCUACCACCGCAUAUCAUCACCGACUAUCGUCAUCCACCACCGCAUAUCCUCACCGACUAUCGUCAUCUACCACCGCAUAUCAUCACCGACUAUCGUCAUCUACCACCGCAUAUCAUCACCGACUAUCGUCAUCCACCACCGCAUAUCAUCACCGACUAUCGUCAUCCACCACCGCAUAUCAUCACCAACUAUCGUCAUCCACCACCGCAUAUCAUCACCGACUAUCGUCAUCCACCACCGCAUAUCAUCACCGACUAUCGUCAUCUACCACCGCAUAUUUUUUAG